GUCCAUGUAAACUGACUUGGCGUUUCGAGCCCAUGUCUUUAUUGUACACUAUUACUUUAAGCCUCAUAGCGCUGGAAUAACAGUUUCCUGUGUGAAAGUAACCGCCUGGAUAGCAGCGGUCAUAUCUCCUUUGAAUAAAAUCAACUCUGAGUAGCUGUUUUGGACUGGACUGAAUAUCACCACACCUUAUUUUUUGGACAGCUUCAUACACAGAUGUUACUUAAUAUUCCACUGGAUACUUACAUGGAAUAGUUCUGGAUCCAGCUCAUAUUUUUGUUUUUUAUUUCUUCGUGGAUGGCAUGGCUUUUGAAGAAACGUAAUUUUUCAUAAGUGUUUGCAAACUCGUGGGAAAUACUAAGUUACUGUUCAAGUGAAGUUUCAUUCCAAAGAUGGAUCAGCAGGCAGCAGGAGGGGAGGACCCAAAUAAACCCUCCAAAAAGAAGUCCAAUGAGGAUGAGAGCAAAAACAAAAAACUGAACAUACACAUAAAAACAUUGGCUGAUGACAUGCGUGACAGAAUCACCAGUUUUCGAAAGCAAGGCAUGAAGAAGGAGAAGCCUCUCAUCCAGCACCCCACAGACCCCAUCUCCACCCAGACCGAGAUGCCUGUGCCCCAGCCGCUCUUCGACGAUCGCUCCAUGAACCUGUCAGAGAAAGAGAUUGUGGACUUGUUUGAGAAGAUGAUGGAGGAUAUGAACCUGAACGAAGAGCGCAAGGCGCCGCUACGAGGGAAGGACUUGAGCACUAAACGGGAGAUGGUGGUCCAGUACAUUUCUGCAACAGCCAAAUCUAUAACUGGGAGCAAAGUUGCGGGUGGACUGAGGAACAGCAAGCACGAGUGUACGCUCUCGUCACAGGAGUACGUUCACGAGCUCCGCUCGGGCAUCUCCGAAGACAAACUGCUCAACUGCCUGGAGUCCCUGCGCGUGUCCUUGACCAGCAACCCCGUCAGCUGGGUGAAUAACUUUGGCCAUGAAGGUCUUGGACUGCUUCUGGAUGUGCUGGAGAGGCUUCUUGACAAGAAACAGCAAGAGAACAUUGACAAGAAGAACCAGCAUAAACUCAUUCAGUGCCUCAAGGCCUUCAUGAACAAUAAGUAUGGCCUCCAACGGAUCUUGGGGGACGAACGAAGCCUCCUUCUCCUCGCAAGGGCGAUCGAUCCCAAGCAGACUAAUAUGAUGACUGAGAUUGUCAAGAUUUUGUCUGCUGUUUGUAUCAUCGGAGAGGAGAACAUUCUGGAUAAGAUCCUGGCAGCCAUGACCAUUGCUGCAGAGAGGAAUAAUAAGGAGAGGUUUGCUCCGAUAGUGGAGGGGCUGGAGAACCACGAAGCCCAGCAGCUACAGGUGGCCUGCAUGCAGCUGAUCAAUGCCCUCGUUACAUCCCCCGAUGAUUUAGACUUCAGGAUACACUUACGAAAUGAGUUUCUGCGCUGCGGCCUCAAGAAAAUCCUACCUGAGCUGAAGGAGACAGAGGAACUCGACAUUCAGCUGAAGGUGUUUAAUGAAAAUAAGGAGGAGGAUUCCAUCGAACUGUCUCACCGACUAGAUGACAUCCGCGCGGAGAUGGAUGAUAUGGGUGAGGUUUACCAUCUCCUGUCCAACAUGGUGAAAGACACAGGCUCAGAAGCAUACUUCCUAUCCAUCCUCCAGCAUCUGCUGCUCAUCAGGAAUGAUUAUUAUAUCAGGCCUCAGUAUUACAAGGUGAUCGAGGAGUGUGUGUCCCAGAUCGUCCUCCACCGCAGUGGGAUGGACCCUGAUUUCGCCUACAGGGAGCGACUGGAUGUGGACUUCAGUCAUCUCAUCGAUCAGUGUGUGGAUAAAGCCAAAGUGGAAGAAAGCGAACAGAGAGCGGCUGAAUUCUCCAAAAAGUUCGACGAGGAGUUCAGCGCACGGCAGGAGGCGCAGGCCGAGCUGCAAAAGCAGGAGGAGAAAAUCAAAGGGCUAGAGUCGCAGAUCAACACCCUGCAGACCCAGUUGACUAGUGAGAGAGACAAGCUAAGAGAGGCAGAGAAAAGCAUCAACGAAAGAAACAGCAAGGUUGCGGCGGGACCUGGAGCAGCCGGUGUUCCUCCACCACCGCCACCACCAGGGGGGAUUGCACCUCCGCCUCCUCCACCACCACCAAGUGGAGGCAUUCCACCUCCUCCACCACCACCUCCUUGUCCUGCAAGUCUGGGACCUCCACCUCCUCCACCUCCACCCGGGUUUGGACCUCCACCACCGCCUCCACCUCCUGGAGGAGGUCCGCCCCCACCCCCGGGUAUGCCUUUGGCGGCUCCUCCGCUUGCUGUCCAGCUGCCUUACGGGCUGAAGCCCAAGAAGACCUACAAACCUGAGAACGUCAUGAAGCGGGUGAACUGGUCCAAGAUAGUGCCUCAGGAGAUGGCGGAAAAUUGCUUUUGGCUCAAAGUCAAAGAGGAGCGGUUUGAGAACCCGGACAUGUUCAGCCAGCUUUCACUGUCCUUCUCUUCUAAAUCCAGAGUGAAAAAGGACGUGGAAGAAACAGAUGACAGGAUGACACAAUUCAAGAAAAAAGCGAAAGAGCUGCGAAUCCUGGAUGCCAAGACAGCCCAGAAUCUGUCAAUUUUCCUGGGAUCAUUCCGGCUGCCUUAUGAAGAGAUCCGGGAUAUCGUGCUGCAGGUGGAUGAAGAGAGGCUAAGUGAAGCACUAAUCCAGAACCUGAUCAAAAACCUUCCUGAGCAGAAGGAGCUGAACAACCUGGCUGAGCUAAAGAAUGAGUACGAGGAGCUUUGUGAAUCAGAGCAGUUUGGAAUUGUGAUGAGCUCAGUCAAGCUGCUGCGUCCCCGACUUAAUGGGAUCCUGUUCAAACUGACAUUUGAGGAGCAGGUGAACAACAUCCGGCCCGACAUCAUGAACGUGACAUUCGCAUGCGAGGAGGUGAAGAAGAGCGAAGGCUUUAGCAUGCUCCUGGAGCUGGUGCUGCUGGUCGGGAAUUACAUGAACUCUGGCUCCAGAAAUGCUCAGACAUUCGGCUUCAAUGUCAGCUUCCUCUGCAAGCUUCGUGACACCAAGUCAACAGACCAGAAUACGACUCUUCUACACUUUCUAGCCGAGAAAUGUGAAGAAAAGUAUGCUGAGAUCCUUAAGUUCCCUGAUGAGCUUGUGCAUGUUGAAAGUGCCAGCAAAGUAUCUGCCCAGAUCCUGAAAGCCAGCCUGGACACAAUGGAACGGCAUAUUCAGAGACUGGAGAACGACAUCCAGAACUUCCCCAAGACUGAUGACAAGCAGGAUAAGUUUGUUGAAAAAAUGUCGGGCUUUUCCAAGCAUUCACGAGAGCAGUACGAGAAGCUCUCCACCAUGCACAAGAACAUGCAGAAGCUCUACGAGAGCCUAGGGAGUUACUUCGCCUUCGACCCCCACACCGUCAGCAUCGAGGACUUCUUCGGCGAGCUGGCUAACUUCCGCAACCUCUUUAUGGAUGCUGUGCGGGAGAAUCACAAGAAGAGAGAGAUGGAGGAGAAGAUCAAGAGAGCCAAGCUGGCAAAGGAGAAAGCUGAGCGAGAGAAACUAGAGAGACAGCAGAAGAAGAAACAGCUGAUUGACAUGAACAAAGAAGGUGACGAGACGGGCGUGAUGGACAGCCUGAUGGAGGCCUUGCAGUCUGGAGCAGCCUUCCGUGACCGCAGGAAACGAACCCCACGCAACGGUGAUCAAAGCCCUUCCUGUUCUGCACCUCGGUGGCCGGGUGCUAACCAUGACAACCGUCGCACUGGUUUGGAAAGAUCCCGUUCGCGCCACAAUGCAAACCCUAUGGUCCGAUGAUCGCUUGCCGGCUAAGGACGUUCGCCAAGUGCCAAAGACCCAAGAGUGGGGACAACACUGAGGAGGGCUGAAGAGGAAUGGAGAGAGAGCCCUUCGGCAUUCACAUACAUACACACCUACACGUACAUGCAUACAGAACGCAGACCGAACCUCAAGACGUGCGUCAAAGCUCCAGACACUUCAUCACAGGAUCACUUGACCCUCUGAAGCCUUAUAUACUACAUGCUCUUUGUGCUUUGGGCCUAUUCAAUUUGCCGGUUUGUUUGUUUGUUAUUUUCAUGAUUACGGCGGCUCUGUUUAUAUCUCAGCGCAUCUCACGAAGCUAACUCCCCUGAUCUGGCUCACGUCCACCUCGCUAUCUGCAAACAAUCAAUGAUUGGCUGCGGUUUGAUCUCUCGCUGUUGGAUUUUUCAAAACGCUCUUGUUGACAAAAGGCCAAAAGCACCAUAAAGGACUGCGUGAUUCUGUAUGCAUAUCAGCAAAAGGACUUUAUUUGGGGUGCUGAUUGAACAAAACCUUGACUGAUUCUACCUGCCCCUUUAGUAAAACAAUUCCCACCAUCAGCCAUUUAAUCUCUGAUCACCACCUUUCAAGACAUUACAGAUCCUAUAUAUGUAGCGACAUGGAAAAAGCUGCUGAUAUUAGCUUCAGUGCUACCGUGUGUACACAUUUGUGCUGUGUAAGAGCUGCCGGUGCCACAAGGUACCUGAGGUGGUUGAAAGAUAUUGCUCUUUAUCUACGGUAAACACUUCAAGCAUUCGUAGACGUUUCUCUUGCAGAGUCAAAGGUUUUAUUAAGUGAAUCUGCAGGUAUGUGAAACAAAGAGAUGCCAUUCAUUUCGCUUUUCAAACAUGUCACAGGUUUUCUUCGUGAUUUCUUUGUAAGUCACUGUGCUUUUAGCUUUUAGCCCUCUCGUAGAAGAGUAUUUUAGUGAACUGUAGCUUAGUGUUUUUUCGAGAUCGACUGGUCAUCUCUUAAGAGCUCUCUCUUACUGACCUACCGCAUUUACCUCGCCAUCUCAGUCUGAUGUUUGAAAACUGUCCAAAACAUUACAAAGAACAGUAUUUAUCAAAUGUAGUAUCAAAGUUCAUCUUUCACAAUUUGCAAAAUAUGUAUUUAUUCACAGUUUUGGCCCGGAGCCUUUUACGUGUGAACGUUAACCCUAUCCUAGUGAGGAGUCCUGUUACAGCCUUAGACGUGACAGUGAGGCGGUGUUCACAACAUGGUGGCUGUUUUCUUGUGAAAACCAUUAGUGAAAUCUUUCCACCACGUCCCCUUACUCUUGUGGCCUGAGUAGUCAUUUUCCGUAAUGUUUUCUGCCCCCCACGUCCAUAACACCGCAGGCAACAGAAUGUAAGACAGUGACUGGAGUCACGCCGACUCACAUACUGGUACGUGCCACACUGAAACUUCAGCAUUUGAGGAAAAAUGAAGGGAAACUGUUAAGUUUGAACACCCAAUGCAAGCGCAGUACUGUUAAACAAACCACCGUUAGUCAGGCUUUCUCCUCACACUGUGUGUUUGUCAUACGCUCUCUCAGGAGAGAGAGAAAAGGUCGAGAUGCAGCGAAUCGCAAUCCAUUGAUUUGCUUUUCUAAUUAAAACUGCCCUUUGAAUGGUUUCCAACACCACACAACAGAAGCUGCGCUCGGCUCUCAUGGCUCUCACUAUCGGUUAUUUUAAACUCAUGUUAAUGGUAAUUACAGCAUCCACACACUGUCAGUGCAGACACCUCCGACAUGCAUUGUUAUUUCCCAGUCAGGCUCCAGUUACAUAUUUUGUGUGACUGGCAGAGUCGCUGGCACCAGAUUUUUUUAAGAAUCGGUUUUGAUAAACGUGCCAAACUUUUAUGAGGGGAAAAAAGUUGCUGUACUGAGAUUUCAUCUGAUGAUUAUGAGAAUGAAUGAAGCAUGGAGGAUUUUCAUUUAAAUCACACUAAUAUGUGAUGAAUCACAUACGCAAGACUGAAACUAGCAGCAGUGCAGCCAUUCAGACUCUGUUAUAGGUCUUAGGGAUGUUGUCGUUUUUACAACGCUAAUGUCAAAUGUUUAUGAAAUAUUCUUCGAAACUGUGUAAUUUAUAGAUUUCUUUUUCCUCUUUCCUAAGAAAACGUCAUUUUAUACCAGUGACCUUCCCCUCCAUCUGUGAUAAUGGUUGUGUAUCGCUGUAGCCUAAUAUAUAUGUGUCGUGUAUUUGAUAGAGAAUGUGUCCUAAUGCAGGUUAGAGUCUCCAGAUGACUGACUGUGUAACAUUUUAAGUCAGAUCCAAUAUUUUAAUUGGAUGUUAGGCAGAGACCAGAAGCAGGCAAGAAAAUAUUAAGAUACCAGUGCCAAUUUGGGUCCUCUGCUGUCUCAUUUAUUCACAUUUGUUCGAUAUUCUCAGUUCAGAUUGUAUGAUGGUGCACUUUAACUUGUUAAGUAUAGACCUGGAGCAAUCUUUUAAUUUGUGAUUUCUUUGCAUAUCAUUGCCAAAAUAGACUGCUUGCAUGUAGGGUAACCGUUCCUGACAAGCGAUUCAAUCUCCAUUCUCUCCAAAGUCUCCUCUAGUUCUCUCUUAUUCCCUUACAUUGUAAUUGGCGCUUGGAACAAGAUCAAAGUUAAAUGGGUGAGAACAACUUCAACUGUCUCAGGACAUUGUUUUAUUUUUUAGGUAAUGUAAGACUCCAUAGCCCUGCCUUUUUUUGUUUUUUCUUUUUCCUUGACAUUGUGUUUAUUGUCUUAUAAGCAAUUUAUAUUUGUAACAUCUUUUAAGUUUAUUUUUAUCUGUGACUAAAAAAAAAAAAAAAAAAAGUGAAAAUGGUUA